AUGGCUCAAGUUCGUCGAUAUUCCACAUUACCUAAUUCAUCAGUUGAUGAUUCCCAUCGACUAUCAGACUUUUUCUGUAGUGACGAAGGUUAUCGAUUGUUAGGCACAGUGCUCAGUGACGAAUAUAAACUUCUUCAGGACACAAAGAAAAUUCUUGAAGAAAGACUAGCUUUAGACAAACAAUAUGCGAAAAGUCUCCAAGAAUUAGCAGCAAAAGCGGACCGUAUUGCAUGGCCAACUGACACUCAUUCGAUAGCAUCAGCGUGUCACGGAGUUUUGAUGCUAUGGUCUCGUCGAGCAACAACCAUCAGCUCGAAUGCUGAUGAAUUUCGACGACUUGUACUCGAUGAUCUACUUAAAAAUCUUCUCGAAAAUAAAGCCGAUGCAAAAAGAGUUCUCGAGGAUCGAAAACGCCAAUAUGAUGAUGAACAUCGCAAAGUUCGACGCGAUGUCUUAGAGGCUGACAAACAUUAUUCAAAUGAAGCGAAAGUAUUCGUUACAAAGAAUAAUGAAUUGAACAAAAUCAGUGGAGCUGCUCGGAUUGGGAAUGACAAUCGAAUCACUGAUUUGAAACGUGUAGUAAUCGACAAACGAGACAAUGUAUAUCGUGCUCACAAUGCUUAUGUUCUCACAGUGCGGGAUUGCAAUGAAUUUGAUGAGCAAUAUGUUCAUAAAUUGCAUGAUUUAAUUGAUUAUCAUGAAAAAACUCAAUUGAUUCUUAACCGACAAUGGCUAGAUGUUCUACAGUCCAUCGCUAAGUAUAAUAAUGAUUACAGCAAUAGUUCAUCUAUGGAUGCUGAAAGUUUACAAGAACUUGAUUCGACUGAUCCGCGUCACUGCUAUAAUGAACUAUGUAAAAUACAUUCAAAUAUUCCAUCACUGACGACAAGACCAAUCGAAUUCAAUGAUUUACUGCUGAAAACAUCGGGUCUAACAAAUCUCGAAGUGGAUACCAUUGUUGCUGAUGAUACCGUUGGUGAUUCCACCAUAAGUGCAUUGAGACGAAAAAUUACAACGUUAACAGAUGAAAUCAAUAAAGCGAAUACGGAUCUAUCCGCAGUCCUUCAAGUCAUAGAUCAAAUUAGAGAUAAAGACACAAGUUAUCAUGGUCGAAAGAGCUACUUUGAACAGAAACAACGAGCAAACGAUCUACAAAUGAAAAUAGUGUCAAAAGGAAAUCUAAAAGAGCAUUUAGAAGAAGUAUUAGAUCAUCCAGCAGACGAGAAUGAAACUUUACCAUAUCAAGAAAUACUCUUCGGUCUAUCCGAUCGAUUGGAAGAUCAAGCUUAUUUUCAUGGACGCAUGCCACGUUCGCAAAGUAUUAAUCUGUGCCAUGAAAAAGGAGACUAUCUGGUUCGAAUUAAUGAUCAAAAUAAAACUGUCUUAUCGAUAUUGUGGACUGAUUCGAAUCAUCCAGGACGAUUGCGAGAUUUUCAUAUUUACAUCUGCGAUAGAGAUAAUAUGUACUAUUUUGUAAAAGAGUGCAUGAAGCCAUCGAUUCCAGCAUUAAUCAUCUUCUAUGCACGUCAAAAACUGGAUAUUACUGCAGACGGUAUACGUCUGCUACGACCCAUAGAAAGGCCAGAUUAUAUCAUUAAUAAUGAUGAAGUGAUUUUGGAAGAUAAAUUAGGGCAAGGUAACUUUGGUGAAGUCCAUCGCGGUAAAUACCGAAAUGUACCUGUUGCUGUAAAGGUCCUUCGUGAAACGAAUAGACAGUUGACGCCAAAAGAUCGAACAAAUUUUAUCAAUGAAGCUCUCCUACUGAAAACUUAUAAACAUAAGCAAAUCGUUAGUUUUUACGGUAUCGCAGCAUACCGUGAGCCGUUGAUGAUCGUUAUGGAACUAGUCGAGAAAGGAAGUUUAAAUACUUAUUUGGAGAAAAAUCGUGAUAUAUGUGCUUCGAAAUUGACUCAAAUGUGCUAUGAAAUAGCGAAAGGAAUGGCAUAUCUUGAGAGUUGUAAUGUCAUUCAUCGGGAUCUAGCUGCGCGAAAUUGUUUAGUUGAUAAGAAUGGGCGAGUGAAAGUCGCUGAUUUCGGUCUUUCACGUUGUCUCCAAGAUGACGAAGACUAUUUCAAUCACACGGAAGAAGUUCCCGUCCGUUGGUGGGCAGUCGAAGUUCUAUGCCGAGGACCGUAUACAACAAAAGCCGAUGUAUGGUCGUUUGGCAUCACCGCAUGGGAAGUUUUCUCCGAAGCAGCACUACCGUAUACGCAUAUUCAGAACGCUCAUUUUGUUAUUAACGCCGUCAAACAAGGCGAACGCUUGCAACGACCUAAUAAAUGUCCAACAAAUAUUUUUGAUAUCAUAAACACGUGCUGGCGCGUCGACCCAGCAACCCGGCCGUCUUUUAAAGGUAUUGUUGAAGCUUUACGAAAGGAAAACUCGUUCUUCCCAAAACUUCUCCUUUUCAAUUGA